AUGCGGGAUGCGCUGGAUUUAGCAACUAAAGGCAAUAAAACCCAAAUUUACUAUAGUAUCUGUGAAUGGGGUAAUCCUUGGUUGUGGGGACCUAGUGUCAGUAAUAGUUGGAGAAUUUCUGCUGAUAUUCAAAAGGUCUGGUCAUCAGUCGUAUCAAUAAUAGAUUCGCAAGCAAGACUUACUCAAUUUGGAGGACCAGGAGGUUGGAAUGAUCCUGAUAUGCUUGUAGUGGGCUUUGAUUGGAUAGCUUUCGAGGAACAAGUAACCCAUUUUUGCUUUUGGGCUGCUUUGAAGGCUCCUUUAUUACUCGGAUGCGAUCUCACUAAGAUUAAUGCGGAUGUAAAAAACUUAGUAACAAAUGUUGAUAUAAUUUCUGUGAAUCAAGAUCCUCUUGGAAAAUCUGUAUGUCAGGUUUACUAUGAAACUAAUGACAAGAGUUCUUAUGAUAUUUGGACCGGACCACUUAAUGAUGGAUAUGUUGCAAAACAUUGUCGUCUUAUGGGUGAUGUUAUGAUUCGGGAUCUUGUGAAGCAAACGGAUAUCGGACACUAUACUGAUAGUUAUACUGCUGCAAAUAUUCCAAAACAUGGUGUGGCAUUUUUAAAACUUAGUGGUGGAAGUGCUGUUAAUGACAAUUCUUCUCCUU